GAGUGCGGAAAGGAGGUGGCGCCCUGGCUCUGAGUCGGAGGAAAAGGGCUCGGGAAAGAAAGUGGGGUUGCCAAGCCCAGCUGGGCGCGGGGGGCGCUGGGGAGGCUGCCGGGGAGCUGCUCCUCGCCCCCUUUUGCUCCCUCUCCCUGGAGGCUUUGCCAUGAGACGCGAUGGGGCCCCUUCUCAGCCCCUCCUGGUUUUGCAUGGGGCUCCUCUGGGCUUCGCUGCGGCCGGUCGUUGGCAAUACAGAAGUAUGCACAGGGACAGACAUGCAGCUGCAGCAACCAUCCAGCCCGGAAAACCACUAUGCCACUCUCCGAAAACUCUACGAGAACUGCCAUGUUGUACAAGGCAACCUGGAGAUCACCUAUCUGCCAGCUGAUGUGGACACGUCAUUUCUCAUGAACAUCCGAGAGGUCCAGGGGUAUGUGCUGAUUGCCAAGAACCAAGUGCGUCUCUUGCAACUGACGAGCCUCCUCAUCAUUCGAGGGACACAGUUAUAUGAGGAAAAAUAUGCCCUGGCUGUCCUGGGAAAUGCUGACCCAAGUGGAAAUGUGGGACUGCAGGAGCUGGGCAUGUUGAAGCUGACAGAAAUCCUAAAAGGCGGAGUAAUUGUUCAUGAAAACCCCCAACUGUGCUUCCAAGAGACCAUUGAAUGGCGUGACAUCUUCCACAAACACAAUGACUUUCACAACUACACAUACAUCAGCUACAUCGGUCGCCGUCGGAUGUGCCCCGACUGCCCAGGCAUCUGCCCCGAUGGCCACUGCUGGGGUGAAGCAACACAGAACUGUCAAACAAUGACCAGCACAAUCUGCGCCAGCAGCUGCCCGAGGUGCAAGGGGCCUCUCCCCACAGAUUGCUGCCAUGAGCAAUGUGCGGCAGGCUGCACGGGACCGAAGCACUCGGACUGCCUGGCCUGCCUACACUUCAACCACAGCGGGAUCUGUGAGCAACACUGCCCGCUCUUCUUCCACUACAUCCAGGACAACUUUGAAUCUGUUCCCAAUCCAGACGGACGGUAUACCUUUGGAGCCACAUGUGUUACUAAAUGCCCUUAUAACUACUUGGCUGCAGAGGUUGGCUCUUGUACUUUGGUGUGUCCUCGGAACAGCCAGGAGGUGACGGUGGGCGCUGUUCAGAAAUGUGAGAAAUGCAGCAAACCCUGUCCAGAAGUCUGCUAUGGCUUGGGGAUGGAUUUCCUGAAAGGAGUACGGGCCGUCAACGCCUCCAACAUAAAGCACUUUAUUGGCUGCACCAAGAUUUUUGGCAGCUUAGCAUUUCUUAAAGAGACCUUUCUAGGGGAUCCUUCCACAAAUACCCCACCUCUGGCCCCUGAACAACUUCAAGCUUUUGAGAACCUGAAGGAUCUAACAGGUUUCUUAUUUAUUGAGUACUGGCCAGAAAACCUGCCAGACUUAAGCCCCUUCCAGAAUCUCCAGAAGAUCCGGGGACGAGCGCUCUAUAAUGGGGCAUACUCUCUGACGUUGCAAAACCUCUCCAUCUCUUCGCUGGGCCUGCGUUCCCUGCAUGAGAUUAGCAGCGGAAUGGUCCUUGUCCACCACAACCCCAACCUCUGCUUCAUCCGGAACGUACCUUGGGAAGACAUCUUUAGAAACCCCCGACAGAUGCUCUUCCACAACAACAACAAGCCGGCGGAACAGUGUGAGCUCCACGGCCAGACCUGCUUCUCCCUUUGCUCCAAGGGGCACUGCUGGGGACCCGCGGCAACUCAGUGUGUGUCUUGCAGUGGGUUUCUGCGCAGAGAGGAAUGCGUAGAAAGCUGCAAUGUCCUAAACGGAGAGAUCCGAGAGCACGUCAAUGGAACUCAGUGCCUUCCGUGCCACCUGGAAUGCCUGCCCCAAAAUGGGACGGAGACCUGUUAUGGAUCGGAGGCAGAGCAGUGUGUGGCAUGUGCCCAUUAUAAGGACGGCCUCUCUUGCGUGGAGCGAUGUCCCAGUGGCGUGAAAGUGGAUGCCUCUUUUGUGCCUAUCUGGAAGUAUCCUGAUGAAGAGGGCACCUGUCAGCUCUGCCCAAUCAACUGCACCCACUCAUGCACGCUGAGAGAUGAACUUGGCUGCCCAGUGGAUCAGAAGCCAAGCCAAGCAACUUCCAUCGUCGCUGGAGUGGUGGGUGCUGCGCUCGCCCUGGUCCUCUUCUUCCUCAUUAUCAUCUGCAUCAAUCGGCGGAAGCAGCAGGAGCGGAAGCACACGAUGCGGCGUCUCCUCCAGGAGACAGAGCUGGUGGAACCGUUGACCCCCAGCGGAGCCCUGCCUAACCAGGCUCAGAUGCGCAUUCUCAAGGAGACGGAAUUGAAAAAAGUCAAGGUUUUGGGGUCCGGCGCUUUUGGGACGGUUUACAAGGGGGUUUGGAUUCCUGAUGGAGAGAGUGUGAAGAUCCCAGUAGCCAUUAAAGUCCUGCGGGAAAAUACUUCACCCAAAGCCAACAAGGAGAUUUUGGACGAAGCAUACGUCAUGGCUGGUGUGGGCAGCCCAUACGUCUCACGGUUGCUGGGAAUCUGCCUGACUUCUACGGUACAGCUGGUCACACAGCUGAUGCCGUACGGCUGCCUACUGGAUUACGUCAGGGAAAACAAGGAUCGCAUCGGGUCCCAGGAUCUUCUGAACUGGUGUGUGCAGAUUGCAAAGGGAAUGAACUACUUGGAGGAUGUUCGUCUGGUCCAUCGGGACUUAGCUGCUCGGAAUGUCCUGGUGAAGAGCCCCAAUCAUGUCAAGAUCACAGAUUUUGGCUUGGCCCGGCUGUUGGACAUAGAUGAGACUGAAUAUCACGCUGACGGAGGGAAGGUGCCCAUCAAGUGGAUGGCGUUGGAAUCCAUCUUGCGCAGACGAUUUACCCACCAAAGUGAUGUAUGGAGCUAUGGCGUCACCGUGUGGGAGCUGAUGACAUUUGGUGCCAAGCCGUAUGACGGAAUCCCAGCCCGAGAGAUCCCUGAUCUACUGGAGAAAGGGGAGCGGUUGCCCCAGCCCCCGAUCUGUACCAUUGAUGUCUACAUGAUCAUGGUGAAAUGUUGGAUGAUUGAUUCGGAAUGCCGGCCCAAGUUCCGGGAGCUGGUCACAGAGUUUUCUCGGAUGGCCAGGGACCCACAGCGCUUUGUGGUCAUCCAGAAUGAUGACAUGACGGGCUUAGCAAGUCCCAUUGACAGCACUUUCUACCGCACGUUGCUGGAGGAGGAGGACAUGCAGGACCUGGUGGAUGCUGAAGAGUAUCUGGUCCCCCACCAGGGCUUCUUCAGUGCCGAGAUGUCGUCUGACUACCGGUCCAGGAUCCCCUCCACCAGAAGCGCAUCAGAAACUCAAAUGCACACAGAAGAGGUGGAGGCAGAGGCUCAGUAUCCCUAUCUGGGCCCAGAUCUUCCAGAACACUUAGAACCCAAGCCCCUCCACACCCUGGAGGAUGACUACACAGGCAGGAAGCUGCUGCGGAUUCUACCGCUGCCGGCAGAGCCCGGCACUCUCCAGCGCUACAGCGAAGACCCUACCAGCGCUUUGAUAAAUGAAAACGAGAGUUUGGAAGCCAAAAACUACUGUUCACCUGUACCCUGUGGAGUUGUUCCAGAAUACGUGAACCAGUUCGAGAACAAACUCUCGCCCAGCCAAAGCUUGCGAACACCAGGAUCCACGCCGGAAAAGCCAAAGGGUCAUUUGGUCAAGAACGGGCUCAUCAAGGAACCAAAGAGUGCCUUCCAGAGCAGCUUCCCCAAUGUGGUGGAGAACCCAGAGUAUCUGACGCCGCGCAAUAUCCCCGUAGCUGGCCCGCUGCCACAGGCGUUUGACAACCUCUAUUACUGGAAUCAGGAGACUCCCAAGAUCCUCCCUGCAGAAUUAUUUUCUGCCUCUGCUGCUCCAGCCGCCACUAACAGCUUCGCCACGACCCCUACUGCAGAGAACCUGGAGUACCUCGGCCUGGCAGAGUCAGUCCCUCAUUCCAAGGAGGAGGCCUAAAGGACCUCCUUCCCCAUCGCCAGUGAAAUCGAGUUUUAUCUUCUAUGCAGCUCAGGACACAAGAUAACAAAUUAUCAGUGCACAUAAGAUGGCAGGAAUUCCUUACGGCUUUGAUGGCCUUCUCAGGGCUGAGUGGACUUGUUUUUCCUCUUAGCCAUUGGGCUACUGUACUGACAAGCCGGUCCCCAGAUCGUGUCGUUUGGGCAAAGCCGCUUUAGUUCGGCGCAGAAACAAAAGGGAGGGUUUGUUCAAUCUGCCCCCUCUCAGUCCCUGCCUUUUUUCCUCCUUGGAUCUCGAGACAAAAAAAGAAAAAAGGUCAGGUAAAGAGCUAAAGAACCAGAACGAUGAAACAGUUGAUGAAACUUUUGAGGGAUGGCGGAAUUUGAAUUGCUAGGAAGCAAAAAACAUUCUUUUUUAGAAAAACUGAAGUCCAGGUGUGGGCAUAUCUUAUAACCUUUGUCUGUUUUAAUGGCAAUGGCGAAAAGGGAACGUUUGACCUUCUGAUCAGAAAAGACUGACCUUCCGAGGGGUUACGGUGAAGUAAUAUUGUGGUGGAAUGGACACAAAGCCCUCUCUGGUAAGGGUGUGGGGAGACAAUGUUGCCGAGGGACAAAACCAAACUGUGUUUUUGUUUCUCUCGUACCCUCUGAAUAUUGAAAAAAGAUGCAAGAAAAAGGUCAAAUGAGGAACUAAAAUUGCCGUUGAUUCGUGCUGCAGACAGUUCGGUCUGGAGAGAAUCUGAAACAGUUCAGGGAGUUUUCCUGUUUUUAAUAACACUCAAUAUUAUGUUCUUGUCUUAGUGCUGGGGUCUGUGGCCCAGCAGUUGUGACUAUUCCUUUUGAGGCUUCAGAAUCAAAAACCAAGAACCGUUUGGCAAUCAGGAUGGGAUGGGGGAAGAGAUCAAGUCAUGCCAGUCCUACAGAAAUCAAACGCUUGCUUUAUUGAGGGUCUUGGAAUAUUUAUUAUGUUGAAGUAGGUCAGGGUGCUUUUGGAUACCACAAUCACACAGGAGGCUAAGAAAACAGCAGAAUGUGAUUGUAGGCACAGAAUUUAAGUUCCCGAGAACUUUUUCCCCCUCUUUCUUUCUUGCUCUUAACAGCAGGUUUCUAACCCUGGCAGCCAUGAUGUGUUUGACAGUGGCAUACAGGGCAUGGCAGGAAGAGCCCAUCUGCUGAAGUCUCAGAAACCAGGGAUAGCCGAACAAGACAGCCAUGUUGGGGUGGAGCGUCAGGGUUUCACACCCCUCCGGCUACAUGUCCCAUCAUUAAGGAAAGAGUAGAAACCAGCAGAUAAAUUAUGCUAUGCAAUAGAAACCGGGCUGAUUUGCCCAGUGCACAUAACUUAUACUGAUCACAGGACUGAGCUAUUCUUUUAAACAACCAUGAAUUGUGUGAUCAGCCUUUUUCUUGGAGCAUUCAUCAGAGGGGAUUGAUUUUACUCCCAUGGCAAAGGCCGUGAAACUUGCUUUCUUGCAAUCUGAACUUUUGUCUAACUGCAGCCAUCCAAGGUAGGAAGCCCGUACUCCUAGGCCCAAAAGCUUUCUUGCGGACGGACUUAUCCUCCUUCUAAGAAUCUGCUCGUGUGAAACAGGUCCUUCUGGAAUAGGGACAUGGAGCGAUCUUCAGUCACUCAUUUUGAGGAUGUCUGUAAGCCGCAGAAAAACCAUGCCUUUCACCUCGUCCACUAAAAGAAUGGCUGCGGGAUGCCUUCCUUGUUUAAGAGAUCAUCUCAUGAGGGGAGAAAGACCACUAAGAUUUGGGUUGCCAAUCCACCCUGCUUUUUCAUGCUUUGCCUCUCUCCUGAUUUAAGGAGGGGGGAGCCUCGGGGAAGGGGCGCAACAGGAGAACAUCUCAGUAGAUUGUGCCUGAAUGCUAAUUUAUGGGACAGCCGUUUGUGUUUUUCAGGAGCACCAAAAUUGCCUUGAGCUAUCCAUGGGCCAUUAAGGGGAGACUUGCAGUUGACUACGCUAAUUCCAUUUGGAGCAUUUUACCCAGGCCAAUAGUUUCUUACCCCGUAUUCCCCCCCACUCCUUUCCCUCCUUGCACCGAGCUUUGCUUAUUGCAUGCAUGCUUCCUGCAUGCCUGUUAUGUCAAUCAAGAUUGACUGUUCACUGUGGUGCUUUUGUGCAGGACAAAUCGUCGUGCUGAGGAACAAGGUGAAUAUAUGGGAAGCACCUGGGGACUAUGAAGUAGCUGGAUUUGCACAGAGCCACUAACACACCCCUCCCCCGGCCCACUUUCCUCUUUACCGAGAAGAAUGUGGAAGAAAUAAGCAACAUGAGGGAAACUGUGUGCAUUUUUUACUCUAAAACAAAGUCAGCUGAGUGACUUGAUCACCACUAGAACCAGAAAUGGACAAUCAUUUUAAGGGCAAAUGUACUAAUCGUGUUGUCAUUGGCAUCUUCUGCAGAAAUUCGUUGAAUCACAGAAGGUGGAAACCCUGCAGAUUUUUUGAGGUGGGGGGGGGGGAGGGGAUAAAAUACCUUCUACUUAUGAAGCCCACUCCUUCCUCACCCUUGCCGUCUCUCUGAAACCUUUGUUUCUAAACUUGUGUGCCUGUUGGUGUAUCCAAGGUUAUCGGUUGUCCAUGACUUAAAAAACAAAACAAAACCACCAGCUAUGUCACCAGUAUUUGUAUAUCUGAGAUUUGUACAUCAGUUUUCAUUUUCUA